CUCAGCUUGCCCGAUGGCGACUAUAUCAUCGACGAUAUCUUUUAUCAGAUCCAAUCUUUGCACGUUUCAAGAGCCGAGAGAGAUGCCGUUUGUAGCCAUUCAAUCCGAAACAUAUCCUUGCCUGAAGACCGCUAUUAUCUUGAUCCCCGAAUGAGUAGAGAAAUGGUUUUGCUCUUUAACUGCAACUUAACCUCGCGAUCGACCUUGGAACUUUCCAAGUACAAGAUUGAUUGUGGUGAUGAAAGUGCAAAUAAUUCAAGUUUGGCACUGUUCAACGAUGAUCCCAAGCUCAAUUUUGCUUCGGGUUAUUGCGUGAAAACAGUAGUGGCGCCUGUGGCGUUUGAUCAUAAAGGAGUUGGAGCUGUUGGAGAUUUGUUGAAUGGUGGGUUUGUGUUGAACUGGAGAGCGAGUAACUGUAGCGCUUGCAAGACGAGUUGUGGACGGUGUGGAUUUGAUCGUCGGAGCUACCAUUUCAAGUGUUUUUGCCCUGACAGGCCCCACGCUUGGCACUGUACUCCUGGGACGAACAAAAUGGGACUGAAACUCAGACUAGGAAUUGGAUCCACAGUCGCUCUACUGAUACUGCUGUUCUGCAUCUUUGUCUUAUGUCGUCGACACAAACAAGAACAUGUCUCUUCAUCCAAUUUCUCGUCAAAAUCUGACCUGGAAAAUAGCUCUGCUAUUUGCUUUGGCCUUCUCAUUUUCUCCUAUAAUGAACUUAUGGAAGCCACCAAUAAUUUUGAUGAUCAUAAAGUGCUUGGAGGUGGUGGUUUUGGGACUGUUUACUAUGGUAAACUCCGAGAUGGGCGAGAAGUUGCAAUCAAGCGGCUAUACCAACACAAUUUUAGAAGACACCAACAGUUUGUUAACGAAGUCGAAAUCUUAACCCGCUUGCGCCACAAGAAUUUGGUCUCCCUCUACGGUUGCACUUCGCGACGUAGCCGGGAACUUCUCCUUGUUUACGAGUUCAUUCCUAAUGGCACCGUUUCCGAUCAUCUCCAUGGUGAUCGUGCACAGUCUGGUUCACUCACAUGGCCUGUUCGAAUGAGCAUUGCGGUAGAAACCGCGACUGCGUUAGCUUAUCUCCAUGCCUCCGACAUCAUACACCGCGAUGUCAAGACUACAAACAUUCUCCUCGACGAUAAUUUCUCUGUCAAGGUAGCGGAUUUCGGGCUUUCUCGUUUAUUACCAAACGAUGUCACGCAUAUAUCAACUGCUCCACAAGGGACCCCUGGCUAUGUUGAUCCAGAAUAUCACCAAUGUUACCAGCUUACUGAAAAGAGUGAUGUUUAUAGCUUCGGAGUUGUCCUCAUCGAACUCAUAUCAUCGAUGCCGGCUGUCGAUAUCUCCAGGCAUAGGCAUGAGAUUAAUUUGGCAACUUUAGCAAUAAACAAGAUUCAAAAGUGUGCAUUUGAUGAGCUGAUUGACACUCAUCUUGGGUACAAAUCAUGUGAACAAGUUACAGGGAUGACUACUUUGGUUGCGGAGCUGGCUUUUCGAUGUUUGCAACAAGAGAAAGAACUGCGCCCUUCAAUGCAAGAGGUUUUGGUGGAACUACAGAUAAUACAAAGUGAUGCUUACGAGUUGGAGAAAGUGCAGCAGGAGGAACACACUGAUUGUGAGGUGAUGACGAGUAUAAGACCACCUCCUUCACCGCUGACGGGCGAUCAGAUUGUAUUAUUGAAGGAUAUCCGGCAGCCAGCUUCUCCGAUUUCGGUGACGGAUAAAUGGAUUAGCCAGAGAACUACACCUAAUGCCAGUGAAUAAGUUUUGCUUCACUAUCCCGCUUUACAU